AUGAACCGCAGCGAGCUUCUGCGGGAGCUGCAGCGGCGGGAGGAGGAGGCCGCGCGCGAGCAGCUGCUGCUGCUGCGACGAAUGCGCGAGGCGGAGCGGGAGAGGACCCGAGAGGCGGAGGUGGACAGGGGGAGGGGAAGGGGGGACCUGGGGGAACGCGGAAGAGGGGAGACGCAGCAGGAGCUGCAGCAAGGACGGCAGCAGCAGCUGGCGCAAGAGCGGCAGGCGCAGGGGGAACAGGCGGAGCAGGUGUAUUACGACUUCAGUCGCAUACGCCCGCGGGAACCGUCGCCUCCUAGGUUACCCAGAGACGCGCUCCCGUGGGUGCUUCUAGCGGGGGGCGCGGUAGCGGCAGCAGCGGUGGUACACCACAAGCGGCGGUGCCACCGCAGCAGGCAGCAGCACGCCGCCGCGGAGUCCGUAGUCGGCUCCUCAGGCCCCCCUCUCGGCGCAUGCUCCGCCCCCCUAUUCUCCCCCCAUGGCCCCCCAUUCUCCCCGCACGCCCCCCACGCCCCGCACGCCCCGUACUCCGCCUUCCCCCCGUCCGCCUUCCCCCAUGGCUCUCCGCCAAGGCCCGCCCAGCGGUCGCCCCACGCGUCCGCGCGCUACUCCUCCGCCUCCUCCGCCCGUUCCCUCGCCUCCUGCCCUGGCGCGUCCCCCCGUUAUAAGCACGGCGCGCCCUCCUCCUGCAAUCACGGCGCGCGCUCAUGCACCAGCGGCCCCCGCGUUAGAGGAGCGCAAGGGAUAGGCGCGCCUGUGGCGGAAGCUUCCCCGCAGAAGGAGCUAUCUGGGGCGCUUUCGGGCCUCUACGCGGACCACCUGCGCCCCCACGCCCUCUCACCCGCCCACGCGCUCAGCACAGGGCCCGGACGCGCAGCAGCCAUCAGCGCAGCAGGCGGAUGGGGAGGAGGCGGGGGAGGGGGAGGGGGAGGGCGGGCGGGUGGAGGUGCGGGGAGAGGAGAAGGGGGGAAUGGGGAAGGGGGAGGCGCAGGGAGUGAGGGAUCUCCGCUGCCUGGCGGGCUGGCAAGCUGGCUGCGGGAGGAGAGAGAGAGGGGGCAGGGCAGGCGAGGGGGGAUGGAGCGGAGGGGGGGACGAAGGUUGGUGAAUGCGGGUGGGCAGCAGCAUGUGGACAUGGAUGGGCGGAUGAAUCAAGACGCAGUGCAAUCAGGUCCCUUUCAGGGGAACGAUGAAGGUAGGCAGAGUGGGGGCAGGAGAAGCACAGAGGGAGAGGGAGAGGCACAGGGAGAGUGGGAGAGACACAGAGGGAGCGGGAGAGACGAAGAGGGAGCCGGAGAGGCACAGAGGGAGUGGGAGAGGUACAGAGGGAGUGGGAGAGGUACAGAGGGAGUGGGAGAGGUACAGAAGGAGUGGGAGAGGGCCACAGGCACCCCUGUGUGGAAGAGGCACGCCCCGCCGCGCAUGGCUUUGACACAUCUCACAAUUGUGCCUCUCUCGUUUGUCGCUAACUCAUGCCUGCAUUCAUCCUCCUUGUCCCCAUCUGUCGCCAUCGCUGUCCCCACAGGCACCCCUGCAUGGAAGAGGCACGCACGGCUGCGCACAGCUGCUCGCAACACCACGCCUGCACCCUCGGUUGCCAGCGCUGCUGGCGCUAGUGGUGCCGCUGCCAGUGCUUUCACUGCCAGUACUGCUGCCCCUGCUGCUGCCACAGCCGCUCCCUCCCCGUUUCCUGCAUCUAAAAUCCCCCUGGCAUCUCCUCCUUCCUCUACCCCACCGCCUCCUUCCGUGGGACUCGCUCCAUUCGCGGCGGCUCUACCAGACCCCGCAGCUGCAACUGGUGGUGUUGGUGAUGUAGCGCAAUUAGCGGAUGGCUCAAGGAAGGGAGGCGCUGUGGUGAAUGGAGAGGCGUUGAGCGCGGCUGUAAAGGCGGGUGGCCUGCCGGCUCUUCAUGGACUCUCGCUCUCCUCGAAUUCGUCAGUUUCUUCCGCACUGCUGCCUACUGCCCGUGCGGUGGAGGCAGGGCGAGGAGGAGGAGGUGGAGGAGGUGGAGAGGGAGGAGGAGGUGAGGAAGGGCGGGAGACAACACCACUUAAGGAUCUGGCAAUGGAAUCUGUGUCUGCUUCAGCAGCAGCCAGUAGUGCUGCUGGUGUUCCUGCUGCUGCUGGUGGUGCUGCUGCUGGCGCUGCAGUCACGGCGACAGGGGCAGCAGCAGCGGCGGCAAACGCGGCACAGUGGCAGUUUGGCGGCAGGGUUGGUUCAGCAGCUGUGGGAGGCACGAGCAGGCUUGGCACGCCAGUAGCACCAGCACCGGCAGCAGCGAUUGCACUUACUGAAGCCUGUGUUUCAGGCCAGGCACCGGCUGCCGUGUUUCGGUUUGGGAGUGUUCCAGCAGGGAGGAGGUUUUCAGAUUCUUUCUCCAUGCCUUUCACUGGCGCAAGCAGCACUUGUGCUGCUGCUGCUGCUGCUGCUGCUGCUGGUUUUACUACUGGUGGUGCAGGUGGGACGGGCACUGCCUUCCAUUCUGCUGCAUCCCACAGUGCCUCCACUCCCCCUUCGUUCCUCUUCUCGGCCUCUCCCACUCCCCUCUUCUCCGCGUCUCCUGUGCUUGCCUUUCCUGGGGAGCAGCAGGCAGCAUCGGAGAUGGAGAGAAUCAAAUCCAAUCAGAUCGAAAUAGAACGGAUGGAGGCAUUGCUUGCAGCUGAGAGGGCAGCGAGGGAGGAAGCCGAGACACGGGCCAACCAGCUGAAAGCUGACCUGGAAAAGCUGGCUGCUGAGCUGGCAAUGAAAGUGGCAGGCGCAGUGGAGCAGAGGAGAACGGAGGGGAGGGAGAUGAGAGUGGGGGACAGUGAGGGAGAAAAUGAGAAGCGUGGGCUUGUGCAUGGGAAGGAGGGAGGGAGAGCAGGCGUUGGGGAGGAUGUGGGCUCAAAUAUGGUGUGUGGUUCUGGGUGCGAGAGGGGCUGUAGUAAAAGCACUCACAGUGACGAUGGGGGUGGUAAAGAGGUGGAGAAAAGUGAGGAGGACGGUGAAGGUAGGAGAGAUGGAAAAGGGAUGGAGGGGGAGGAGGAUGUGGAAAGGGAUGGUGAUGGUGAUGGUGAUGGUGAUGGUGAUGGUGAUGGUGAUGGUGAUGGUGGGAAUGACGGUGCAAGUGAUGGUGCGAGUGAUGGUGGGAGCGACGCUGCAGGGAUGAUAGCAGAGGCUGUGGCGGCGGUAAUGGAGGAGGCGAGGGAGGAGAUGGAGCAGGUGAAGGCUGCUGCCCGCGCUGCUGCUGACGAGGCUUAUGCUAAAGGGCGGGCGGAGGGGAGGGCGGAGGGGAGGGAGGAGGGGAGGAAAGAGGGCAGGGAGGAGGCGUGGAGGGAAGGGAUGGAGGAUGUGAGAUUGGAUGGGAGAAUUGCGGGGAGGAAGGAAGGGAGAGAGGAGGGGAGGAAUGAGGGGAGAGAGGAAGGGAGGAAGGAAGGGAGAGAGGAAGGGAGGAAGGAGGGAAAAGAGGAGGGGAGGAGGGAAGGGAGAGAGGAAGGGAGGGCAGAAGCGAUGCAGAUUGCACAGGGGGAGCUGGAGGAAGCUGCGAGGAAGGUGCGUGAGCUGGAGGAGCGAGUGGCUAGAGCUGAAGACAUGGUCCUGAUGAACAGCAGCCAUGGUUCAACGGAUACAGCUCCUGCUGUUGUUGCCUCUGACGUUGCAGCAGCAGCUGUGGCGAGUCUAAAGUCACUGGAGGAGCAAGUGAGAGACGGCGAGGAGAUGGAGAGGGCGUGGCAGGGGAGGUUAGAGGCAGCAGAGCAGGCAAGAGACGUGUUGCACGCACAGGCAGUGGCUGCAGCCGAAGCUGCGACUGCUGCUGCUGAGGCGGUAGCAGCAGCAGCGGAGGGUGAGGCGGCAGCAGGGAGAGAGGCGGUUAGAGGGGUGGAGAGAUUGUUUGGGGAGGAGAGGAGGAGGUGUGAGGAGUUGGAGAGGGAGGUGGAGAGGGAGGGGAGGAGGUGUCGGGAGCUGGAGGGAGAGGUGGAGAGGGAGAGGAGGAGGUGUGAGGAGCUGCGGGAAGAGGUGGAGAGGGGUUGGGAGAGGUGCAGGGAGAUUGGAGAGGAGUUGAGGAGGGAGAGGGAGAAGGGGGAGAUGGAGAGGUUGAUCGUGCAGCAAGAAAGGGAAGAGAGGGGGAAGGAGAGGGAGAGGGCGGAAACGCAGGCACAGGAGGCUGGGAUUCUACUGCAACAGUUUGAGCAGUUGGCUGCUGCUGUGGUUGAUUCAGUGGUGGCUAAGGUGAUUUCUGAAUCAAAACAAGAGGCUGGGCUUGUGCUGCAGCAAUUUGAGGGCCUGGCUGCUGGUGUGGUAGAUGCGGUGGUGACUAGGGUGGUUUCGAAGUCAACUGAGGAGGCUGGCCUUGUGCUGCAGCAAUUCGAGCAUAUGGCUGCUGCUGUGGUUGAUACGGUGGUGUCUAGGGGCAGGGAGAGGAAUGGCGAGGAAGAGAGGGGUCUGCAGCAUGUGAGGUGGGAGAUGCGAGAGGGAGGGGCAAAAGGAAGCAGAGCGGAAAAGAACAGGGGUGUGAGGGAGAGUGAGGAGCUCGAGUCACGUGUGAGUGAGCUGGAAUCCAGGAUUCAGGACGUUUUUGAGAAGGAAAGGUAUGCAAUGGAUAUUGCAGCGGUCGUCUUGGAGUCAAUGGUGGGUGAGGUGGUUAGAAAGGCAGUGGUAGCACGGGCUGAGACAGAAGCGGAAGUGUCUGAGAGGGAAAGGUAUGCGAUGGAGAUUGCAGCGGUUGCCUUGGAGUCAGUGGUGGGUGAGGCGGUUGCAAAGUCGGAGGCGGAAGCUUCAGCGAAAGAGAGGUAUACGAUGGAAAUCGCAGCAGUUGCUUUCAAGUCAGCGGUGGGUGAGGUGGUUAGGAAGGCGGUUGCACGGGCUGAGAAGAAGGAACAAGAAACUUCUGAGAAAGAGAGGUGUACGAUGGAAAUUGCAGAGGUUGUCUUGCAGGCAGCUGUGGAUGAGGCAAUUACGAAGGGGAUGGUAGCACGGACUGAGACAGAAGCGGAAGCUUUUGAGAAAGAGAGGUAUACAAUGGAGAUUGCAGCAGUUGCCUUGGAGUCAGCUAUGGGUGAAGCGGUUAGGAAGAUGGUGGCACAGGCUGAGAAAAAGGAAGCGGAAGCUUCUCGGAAAGAGAGGUUUACGAUGGAAAAUGCAGCGGUUGCAUUAGAUUCGGCGGUGGGUGAGGUGGUAACACUAGCACAGGCUGAUAAGGCUGUAGAAACUUCUGAGAAAGAGAGGUUAACUAUGGAAAUCGUGGGGAUUGCGCUUGAAGGGGUAGCAGAGGUGGCAGUUAGCCAGGCUGUGGCCAAGGCAGAGGCUCGGAUGCACGAGGCUGAGAAACAGGUUCGGGAGAAGGUACGGGAGGAGCUCUGGGAGCAGGUUCGGGAGGAAGUUCGGGAAAAGGUUUGGGAGGAGGUAUGGCCCGAAGCUGAGCAGAAGGCUCGGGAGAAGCUGAAUGCUGCAUGGGCAGCUGUUGCCAAAGCCGAAGCUGCUGUAGAGGCUCGGAGUGCUGCUGUGGUGGAGGAGGGGCGAGUGAGGAUGGAAGAGAGGGUGGGGAGGGCGAUGGAGGUAGCAGCAGCAAGGGAGGCUGCUCGUGCUGCUCAUGCUGCUGCUGCUGCGGCCGCGAGGAGAGUGGUGGAGGAGAGAGAGCGGUGCAGAGAGCUUGGGGAGGAGUUGAAGAGGAGGGCAGAGAGGGAGGAGGAGAGAGCAAGAGGGAUGGUGCACGUGGGGGCGGUUGUUCUUGAAGCUGCUGUGGAGGAGGGUGUGAGGAAAGCGGUUGAGAGGGAUAGGGGGCGAGAGAAGGAGAGGGAGAGGGAGAGGGAGAGAGUGAGGGAGAGGGUGAGGGUGAGGCAGAAGGAGAGGGAGAGGGAGCGGGAAAGAGAGAGGGAGAGGAAGGGGGAGAGGGUAAGAGAAAGGCUGCGUGUAAGGGAACGGGUGAGGAUGAGAAUGCGGGAGAGGGAGAGGGAGAGGAGGAGGGAGAAGGAGAGGGAGGAGGGUGGAGGGGAGGUUGAGGAAGCAUGUUUGCAUGUCAUGAUGGCUGCAGCUAUCGAGGCAGCUGCAGAGCAGGCUGCUGCCUCGGCUGUAGCGGCAUCUGUAGCAGCACAGGGAUUUGCAGCUGCAGCUGUAGGAGCGAAAGGAUCUGUAUCAGGCUGUGCAAAGGAUGAAGGGGGAGUGGGGCUGGAGGAAAGGAAAUGGAUGGAGGAAGGGGAAGGACCUGAGGAUGGAGAGGGAGAGAUGGAGGAGGCAGAGGGAGUUGAGGGAGGGGAGGAGGAGGCGGAGGGGGAGAGGGAGGGGGAUGACGUGGAAGGGGUGGGGUAUGACGUCGUGGGGGAGGGGGAUGACGUGGACAGCAUGUUGGAGGAGCUGUUGGGAUUGGCUGAGAAUGGAGGGGCAGAUGGGGAGAGCGAUGGUGGGGAUGAGGCGGAUAGCAGGCAGAGCAGUGCUAGUAACGAUGGCAGUGGUAGUGAUGAUGAUGUGAGUCAUGAGGACGAGGAUGAGGAGGAUGAGGAGGAAGAGGAGGAGGAAGGUGCGAGGAAGCAGGUGGAGAGGAGCAUUUUCGCAGCCUUAGAGGAGAUGAAGCAGCGGCAGGUGCGGCCUGUCCGCCUGUUUGGUUCGGGCGAGGAACGGAGAGCAACAGCAACUGAAUCUGCCUCCUUGGAAGAACCACAUUUGGACGAGAUAUCACAGCUUCUGCAGAAGUUCAGUAUAGGAGCCUCCAAGGACGAAGGCCAUACAAACUGA